AUGGUGGUGCGUGAGGACGACGACCUGGAUCUGGAAGAAGCCACCAAGCAUGCAAGCAUUCUCCAGAACAAACAGCUGAUCACCAACAAUGUCAUCAAUAAGCGGAAGGAACAGCUCCAACGGUGGGAAAGCAGUGAGAUGAAUGGUGAGCCAGUUCUUCGGCAGAAGAAAGCUCGUGUAAAAUUCGAGGAUAGCGAUAUAUUCUUGAGCGCAUGUAUGUCUGGCGAUGAGGACGAAGUGGAAGAGCUGUUAGCCAAAGGUGCUGACAUUAACACUGCCACUGUCGAUGGAUUAACGGCUUUACAUCAGGCUGUGAUCGACAGCAAACCGGAUAUGGUGCGGUUCUUGUGUGAAAAAGGUGCUGACGUAAAUGCUCAAGACAACGAAGGAUGGACGCCAUUGCAUGCUGCUGCCUGUUGUGGAAAUCUUGCCAUAGUUAGAUAUUUAUGUCAGAGUGGUGCUCUCCUCAGUGUAAUCAACAGCGACAGAGAGUUAGCAUUAGAUCUCGCAGACGACGAAUCGUGCAGGGAGUUUCUCGAACACGAGUACCGUAAGCAAGGGGUUAUACCUGAGCAGUGCCGUGAUCAGGAACUUGCUACAAUGAUGAGAGAUGUACAGCAAUGGAUACGCGAUAAGGAAUAUUGCGAUAAACCACAUCCUCGGACAGGAGCGACUGCUGUACACGUUGCCGCGGCGAAGGGACAUACGCAACUGCUCGAGUUGUUGAUCAAAGCUGGUGGUAAUGUACUUGCUCGAGAUAAGGAUGGGUGGACCCCUCUCCAUGCUGCGGCUCACUGGGCAGAGAAAGAUUCAUGCAAAAUCUUGCUCGAACAUGGUGCUAGUAUUACUGAUACCAACUUUGCGGGCCAAAAUGUACUAGCUGUAGCUGAUAAAGAUGUAGUCGAAUACUUAGAAGACUUAGAACGGUCGGUCGAUAAACGAAAAUCUCCACCUACUGCACCAGCAAGUAUUUUACAAGAGAAGAACAACAGACUCUCACGUGAAGAGCACACUUUAACAACAGACCGUAAACAUGAAAUACAACACAAAGACCAGGCUAGUGAAAAUGAAAUGCUGCGCUCCUUGGUGACAAUUCGGAGGCUUGGUGAUGGCAAGUCCCCUUCUCCGCCAUCUGAAUCACCUUCAUUGCGAGGAUCCGUUGAAAGUGAGCAGCGGACUCCUCCUGCUGCAGUUGAAGACAAAUCAUCUGCGGAACGGAGCGCAAGCGAACCUCCUUCCUUGCCGAAAACGACAACAGAGACUUUUCCCACGGAAAGAAUUCCUUCUUCCAUCCGAUCAACUGUAUCCGCAGAGAGAUCGUUGCCGCUUUCAAAACCUGUGGAGUUACAACGAUCUGGGAGUGGAACACCUUCUUUGGCUGAAUCUAUUAAAACAUCGGAUGGAUCUUCCUCUUCUAUUCAUAGUGGAGAUCAGCACGUAUCCGCCACUGUCCCAAUACCAACUCGUCCACUUCAGCAGCCUAAUUCCUGGAUAAAUCGUGGUGUGCAGCUUAUCACUAGGUCCGGUAGCUCUUCUGCUUCAUCUAUUGCGCGAUCAUCAGCUACAGCUUCUUCUGACUCCUCUUCACCCAUGUCACUGGGAACAUCAUCAACUAGCAGUGGAAUACAGCCUGGUGCUGGCACUCCUAGCGUCCUACCAAAGCCACCUUGUUUGCCCUCAACGGUGCUGCGAUCGAGAUCAACACCAUCGAAUUUGCCGUGGGCGUCCCUUUCUCGUGUAUUCAACAGUCCAGUGCAGUCUCCUAGUGAUCCGCAGUCGCCUUCUGUUGGCACUCCCACCUCUCCAUUCGCACAAAGCAGGGUUUCUGCAUUUCGUCCCUUAUCCAGCCCUAGCGAGACUGCUCCUCCAGUAGUGUGUGGUGAAUUGCCUCGUGGUCUUCAUCCACACCAACUUAAUCCGAGCAAAAUGAGACCAUGGCAGUCGAGCGCAGUUACCGAAAGCGAAGCUGAGAGAAGGAAUACUGCAAGGAUACAACGGCAGCAUCGACGUUCGACGCAAGGUGUUACUAAGGAGCAUCUUGAAGAAGCUAGCCGAAUUGCAAUGGCUGAAGCUGCUCGACGACGGGGACAAGCUGCUUCGCAAACUGCACCAUCCAAUGCUACUAGUGCUCCUAAUCCAAGUCGUGAGACGGGUGUUGCGAGAUUGGCAUCCGAAGAAAGGGAUUCUACGUCCAUGUGUUCUGACCGGAGUUCUACAAGCAUCGAAAGAAGCUCAUUGGAGGGUUCUGUCAUCAGUCAUCCGUGUAGUGUUCCGAAAGAGCCCUCCGAAGCAAUGGAACGUACUAGCUGGGAACGUGCUCCGCCACCAGCAAAUGCUGUUUCGUCGACUGCUCCUUUGUCACUGCCUUCUACCACUGCAUCUAAUCAAGCCGUUGUUGGAAUACGAAGGAAGAGUCAGGGCUUGUCUGUAUCUCGAUCGAAUCGCCGAGGUACUGGGCCAGUACUGGCCGAGGAUAUCCACGCGGCGGUUUCUGCGCGGCAGACACCUGAUACGAAUGUCAACUCUACAUCUACUCGUACUACGUCAGUGGAACCUGCAACCACAACCGUUCGUCCUACUGUAAGCGUUAGCUCGUUCGCGCGGCCACUCAUCUCCAGUGCUAAUAUUCGUACCGAUGUUGCACGUGGGGUGGAGACGUCUGCAAGUCUUGACCCAUCGGGCCACGUUACAACUACUGCUCCUCCUACUCGGACUUCCAGUGCAACUGUUACAGUCGGACGGGUCCAACCACGGCUUCCUGGCCAAACUAUAAUGAAUUCUUCCUCAUUCACCGCCCCUACUUAUACUAUUAAUGCACGCCCUACCGAAAUGAACCUCAACUACAAAGCGCUUUAUGAAAAAGAGAAAACGGAGUGCGAACGGCUGAGAAAGGAACUGGAGGAAAUGAAGCGGUCUCAUGAUCAUAACGGAUCUGUUUCAACGUUGCGCACGGCGUCGUCUCGAUUCCGUAACGGCUCACCGGCUACCGGACCAGCUCCGGUAGUGAAAUCUGCAUCGGGUAACUCUCUAGACGACAAUGAAAGGCGAACGAUGGAACGAAAAAUAGCUGAUCUCGAAAUUCAACUCAAGGAACUGGACGAGCUGAAUGCGGCCAAUUUGCAACUUCGAGCUGAAAAUGCGGCCAUGAUGCGCGUUCUCGCUAAACUCAGCCAACCUGUCAGCCGGCUCUGA